UAUGGACAGAGCAGGACAGUGUGGAGUCGUGUGUCUGAUGUAGUAAAGUUGCACAGCGUGAGCCUGUGAGCCAAUUAAUAUACUGAGCCCCCUCAUGAGACAAUCAGAGUACUUGGAAUAUUGACAAUCUAUAGCAAACAGUAACAGAGGGGAAUGAUGAAUACUUGCUAUGGAAUGAGAGCACUGUAGCAGGGUCCUUGCUGAGAAGCCUGGAGCCGGAAGACAAGAUAAUCUUCAAACAAGAAUAUGCAGGGUCUGACUAGAAUAUCUGACUUGAUGAACUGGCCCUGAACACACAGUGGAUCGGGUAUAAAAUUAAAUUAGCAGCUCCCAGGUGCAACCCACAGCUACUUAACAGUGACGUAAUUAUCAUUUAGUCCAGGUGGCAGCAGACUGCAAGAUUGGAAGAGACUUGUGACUGAAAUAAUCCUGCAUGAGUAAGGAGGAGUCUGGUGCAAUAUGAGCUCCCAGAGACAAUUUUACAGCUACAGUACAAGGACAAGAACAGAGUUAUCAAUAAAACUGAUCUAUAAAAAACGUCUUAGGUCCAGUGAAUAUUGAGAACUUCCCUUUAUGCUACCAGAGGCUAAGUACCAAAAUUGGCCAGCAGUGUACCGCCUGAAGAACAGACGGCAGAAAACACUGAGCUACAGAGAGCUAUGUGGGAAUAGGAUUAAAUGGAAUUAGAAGACAUGAGUAUUUAUAAAUCACUCUCUGAGCUUUAGGAAUCACUACGUACUUAUAAAUAAGGAGCAGAAAAGGACAAGUUGCACUCCAUUGUGUUCCUAUACAUCUAAUUAGAAUGGAUAUAUUUGCUGGACAUGUUCUGGUUAACAAGGAGGGGGAGACAGUGGACCCCGAGGAGGCUUUGCAGAACAAAAUAGUUGGUUUGUAUUUUUCAGCUGGUUGGUGUCCGCCCUGCAGAGACUUCACCCCUGUGCUGUGUGACUUUUACACUGAGCUGGUGGAAGAAGCAGACCAGCCUGCACAGUUUGAAAUUGUAUUCAUCUCUUCAGAUAAAAGUGCAGAUGACAUGGUGGAUUAUAUGCAUGACAUGCAUGGAGACUGGCUGGCUUUACCCUGGCAUGAUGCAUACAAGCAUGAGCUGAAGAACAAGUACAAGAUUACAUCUGUACCUAAACUGGUGAUUGUGAAACAAAAUGGAGAGGUGAUUACAGACAAAGGGAGAAAACAGAUAAGAGAAAGAGGACUAUCCUGCUUCCAGACAUGGCUUGAAGUAGCAGAUGUAUUUCAGAACUUUACCAGCAAAUAGAAAAUUCUGCUAGUUAUUUUUUAUUAUAUUUCUAAUUUUCUAGUUUAAAACAAAGUUCUAACUAAGUCCAGAAAUUAUUUGAUAGGCCUUAUAUAGUACCUAUUUUCUUAUACUUUUGUCUAUGUAGUAUGUUCGAUAUUCAAAACUAUUCACAACUUAUUAAUUUUGCUUGAAACAUUUGCACUGCUAAAUGCACUUUGUAAU